AUGAAGAAUAGUUAUACUCCUGUUUCGAGUUCGGAAGCCUCCCUUAAAACGCUCAAUGAUGAAAAGUCAGGUAGUCAGUCCCCUACAGAUGGCACACAUCCUCCGUACUCAGAUUCGUAUAAAUCCAUUAAUUUGGAAAUGGCUGAUGGAUCCGCUCAAGAAUCCGCUAAUAAUACUAGCUCGGAUCCUUCUGAGACUCAAAAGUUUUGGAACCACAUUAUCAGAGGCAUAGCGGCUACUCUAGCUAUUAUUAACAAUAUUUUUUUCUUGCCGUAA